AUUCUAAAUAUUAAGAAAUUUUUUCCUAUUUUACAAUUCAUUGUUAUUUUUCUCUCUGUGCAAGUGUUCGUUCAUUGUAACUGAUUGCACUUAAUUCCAAUUAACUAAAUAAGUUGUAGAGAUGAUUUUAGUAACUAUUUCGAUAUUAGUUUUACAAAAAUAUUAUAUAUUCAAUCAUCCGUAAAUAUACAAAUUAUUAUUAUAUUGUCGUAUUAUGAUAGCAAGUUGAAAUGGAAAUGAAAGGUUAUUUAGAUUGUGUGGGAAUCUAAAACUAAUGUAAUUAGUAGAAAAAUUAAGAAAAUUAAAUUAAUCCGCUUCGUCCAUCGACUUUAUGAACUUCGAGAGUAAUUCGUGAAAUCAAUAGUAAUUUUAGGUAUCUUGUAGUCGGUCAUUCUGAACAAAACCAAUUUUACUAGUUUUACAAAUUAUUAAAAUGUUCUCAUUUUAUCAUAUAUUAACCGGAAGGUUUUGAAGUUGGUCACGUCAUGUGGGCUCCGUUUAUUCUUUUAUUAUUUUUCAACGGCGGCUUAUCGACCCGAAUGCAUCGUUUUACAAACCUAAAGUGUACAGUGCUGGAUCCAUCCUAUUGCGUAUAUGAUAAGUGUCACCUUAAAAUACUUGGUCGAGGAAUUGUGGGAAUAAACGUGGAUGCAAAACUGUUAAAAGGACCCUUUAAUAAUGCGAAGGUAAACCUCAGUCUUUGGCGUAAAUUCAAUGGUUUUCGUCCAUUUAUGUUCAAUGUGACCUUUGAUUUUUGCAAAUUUAUGUCAACAUCGAAUACCGCCUUGUCAUUUCAAAAAAUAUUUUUCGAUGCUCUCUCUACGCAAUCAAAUCUAAACCACUCUUGUCCAUAUGAGAAGGAAAUUGUGGUGCGUGAUUUGGUAUUCCAGAACGAUUUUUUGAAAUUCUUGCCAUUACCAUCUGGGGACUAUCAAAUUCAAUUUAUUGCGGCUACAGAAAAUGAAUGGAAAACUAAAGUGGAUAUAACGGUCUUAUUAGAGGAAUGAACACAAAGCAUUACUAAGGAAUAAAUCCUCUGUAAAUAACACACUGUUUUAUCAUAUCUUAAUUUAUCAAUACUAAGGAUACAAGUUUUGUUAACAAUUGCUUAGAUGAUGUCAAGUAGUUAUCAGCAUAAACUAGCUAAUUUAAAAGCAUAUGCCAUUGAGGAUACGAAUAAAAUAACGGCAUUUGUUGUAUCAAUAUUAAAACCAAA